AUGCCGCCUCGUCAACCCUUUGAAACAUGGGACCUACAAGACGACUGGACGGGAGUAGAAGGGUCCAAGGAAAGGAGGAAGCGGCAGAAUCGCCUUAACCAGAGGGCUUAUCGCAAGAGAAAACAUCUUGAGCGGUUUGCCACAGUGGUUUUGAGUCAGUCACCCAGCACAAAGGUGCGGAGCGAUGCGCCAUCUGGGACGGACGGCAACACCUUGGCCUUUCCGGAACGCCGGGCCGAACCGCGCGAAUAUGCUGACUUUGGAUGGAUCGCGACAUUGAAUUCCGCCUCAAAACCCAAGGCAAUCGAGUUCAAGCAGAUGCUUUACCAAGACCACAGCCUGAAGCUACGGGCGCCGAGCGAUCUCCCGACUCUUGCGCGUCUUAACGUAAUCUACGCACUCGCGGCCAACGCAAAAGCUCUGUCCAUAUCGUUCGUUGAUCUAGAGCUCGACGAGUCCAUCUCCCCUUUCAACCUCGUCGGCCCCAACACACCUCCAGAUCUCCUAUUGAACCGUAGUCUGCUUUCCCUUCCGCCGCCUAAUAAUAGUCUUCACCCAACCGCUCUUCAGAAAACCGUAGUUCACCAUCCUUGGAUUGAUGUUUUCCCAGCACCAGGCAUCAGAGACAACAUACUUCGCGGGCUCGGUGCGGCAGAGAUCGACGAAGACGAGCUGUGUGGUGCGCUCCUUACGAUCGAGUCCGACGUUGACGAUAUCCCGGCCCCACUUGUUGUCUGGGGAGAUCCUGGAGAUGCGUGGAAUUGGGAAAUCAGUCCGGAAUUCAUGAGGAAAUGGGGCUUUUUGUUGAAGGGCUGUCCGGAAGUUUUGCAAGCAACAAACUAUUGGCGACGGAAACGGGGGAGGAAGGAGGCUGAGUUUGUGUUCGAUGAGGAAGGAACUCUGCUGGAAUGCAGUGUAACUGAGAGAUAG